UCCAGACUCUGCCUCUCUCCCUAUGGAGUUGUUGCUGAGGAGCUUUCAGACUUCAGGGCAGAGGGAGAGAGAGAGAAACAGACAGAGAGAGGGGGAUCGAAGGAGAGAAAGUAAGAGUGAGGGAAGCAGGCGUUGACAUGGCGCUUGGAAAGAUUGCCCGUUAUCUCAGGAAUAACCCGAAUCACACGGGCACGCACGUUACACUUCUGAUUCUCCUUUGCAUCGCAUGCGGUGUGUGUGGCAGCCAGGUAAUGGUGCCCCCCAAGGUAAGCGGCGUGCUGGGAAAAAAUGUGACAUUGAGCUGCAGGAUUCAGGUCGAUUCCAACUUGACUCUGACACAGAGCUCAUGGGAGAGGCGCUUGCCGUCCGGCUGGGCCACAGUGGCCGUCUACAACCCCACAUACGGCAUCUCCAUACAACCCGAGUACAUGCACCGCCUGUCCUUCCACAUACCAUCCGCCCAUGAUGCCACUGUCGUGCUUCAGAAUGUGGGCUUCUCGGAUGUCGGUGACUAUACCUGCAAGGUGGCAACAUUUCCUUUGGGCAACACACAAGCCUCCACCACCCUCAGCGUCCUUGUGGAGCCGAAGGUGUACAUAUCUGCGGGUUCUGCGGCCCUGUUAGAUGGAGGAAACCUGACCACUGUGGCUACUUGCAUUGCCGAGCAUGCCCGUCCCCCAGCUGACGUCUUCUGGGAGUCAGAUCUAUACGGUACACCGGAGGUGCACAUGCAGGAAGAUGGCAACGGCACCACAACCACACAGGUGCACUACCUCUGGGAGCCCACACGCCAUGCCCAGGGUGACACCCUCACGUGUGUGGUGAAGCACCCGGCCCUGCCCAGUCCAUUCAGGAUGCCUUACGUCAUCAACGUGCAGUUUGCUCCAGACAUACUGCUGCUGGGCUACGAUGGGGACUGGUAUGUGGGGAGGGAGAACGUCCAGCUGAAGUGCCAAGUCAAAGCUAACCCACCAGCCCACUACUUCAGAUGGAUCAGGUUGGACGGGGAAAUGCCAGACGGAGUGGAGGUGGUGAAUAAUUCCCUGACCUUUCUAAGGCCGCUGCAGAGGAACGACUCUGGCGUUUACAGGUGCGAGGUGGGAAAUAAAGUCACCACACGCUCCCGUGACCUCAGGAUCCGCAUCCAAGAUCCUCCUUCCACCACCACUAUGCCUUCCACAACCCAUGUGCUCCUUCCUAACGCCGACAUCUCUGUCACAGCGCCUGGCAAUAAGCAGCGAGCCCUCUUCACCUCACCGACAUUGGCGCCGCUGCAUGAAGGCCACCUGGGCACCAUUGUAGGUGGGGCGGUUGGUGGAGCUCUUUUCCUGUUGCUGCUUCUAGUGCUUGGUGGAGUUUACUACCAGCGGCGGCGACGUACCUUUCGUGGAGACUACUACACCAAGCAGUACCUGGGACCUUCAGACAUGCAGAAAGCGCCCCCGCCGCCACCACACGAACUUCACAUCUACUCCAAUGAGGCAGACAGAGCCAGUCCCGACACCAAGCUCAAAUCAAGCGAUGUCAACGGCACCAUCCUCACUGACAAAGACCGGGAAGAGUGGGGUGGCUUUGAGCGGGAGAGAUCCCCGAAUGGUCGCAGUCGAGCUUUGCGAGAGGCCAACACCCAGCAAACCCUCCAGAACCAUCAAAACCACAAUCAGCAGCAGAGCUACCAAUCCAACCACCACCCAACCCCCCAACCCAACCACCAACCAAACCACCAGAGCUUCCUCAGCACCCCACACAAGCACAGGAGUUCACUCCAGGCAGAGUCCCGCAGAUAUCCUGGCCCGCAGGUGAUUGGAAACGGCUCCCCCUUCUUGCCGGAGGACUGCUAUGACAGUGACUACGUGUCACACACAGAUGGCUCCAUGAUCUCCCGCCGGGAGUGGUACGUCUAAAACAAGGCGGCACUGCAGAAAGAGACUGCUUUACAACCCUCUAAAGACGUCACACUUGCAAAAGGAUAUGAUGUAGAAAUAGAAUAUGUACUGAAGAUAAAAAGAAAAAAAAUAGAAAUAGAAAAGCACCUCUUGCACCUUUUUCACUGCUUCUACUGUUUCAAAGUGACCUGUCACUUUUUGGUUGAUGUAAAGGAUAUAUGGGUAACAUAAAAACAAAACCCUGUUACCAGCUUAUUAGGAAUACCUGCCUUUGCUCUGCAUAUUUUGGGCAUUUUAGCAGGUUCACCUACCAUAGAUACAACAAAAAACUAUUUCUCCUGGCAUAAAAAAAAACUCUUAAGAAAACUAGAAUUGUUAACCAUUUGUGUACUUACUGUAGCCCUUCUAUAUAUAGGGUCAAUUUCAGAAUCUUUUUUCCAAGUCCAUUAAUGGAAAGAGACCACUACAGGACCACUGCUGAGCAAAAUAAUUUGUGGAAUUUUGUGGACUACAGAAAUCUUGCUAACAUUUGUAAUCUAAUCAGAUGUGGUCUUAUGCUGGUCCAUCGAUUGAUAGAGAAUGACAAUGAACUGCUUUGUAUGGCAGGUGAACCGCAAAAACUGCCCAACAUUUGUAAAUACAGGUAGAGUUUUCAUAUUUGACAACUUUUCAUAUAUAAAUAUGCUCCGCGGUCACUGAUUUAAGAUUUAUGUUAAUACCAGAAAAUAUCCUAAAUGAAUUACAAAGAGGCAGAGCUGUACACAAUCUGAAGAUCUCAGCUUUUUUUGUUUUGUUUUUAAAGGAUGGGCGAGAGUAACAAAACCUAAUGAAACGAAUUAAUAUUGUCUUCUAGCAGAAACAAAAAUUAGUUCGUCACCAGUCCGCCAUCUGGCGUGGUUACCAUGGCAACGCUUGAAAGUCUCGCUCCUCAGGCGUUUAAAUGGAGUGAGCUGUAGGAACAGUGCUAGACAGGGAGGAUUUGGCUCUCUCUCUCUCUCACACACACACACACACACACAAACACACACACCCUACUCUUCAUAAAGAAGGCAAGUGGCUGAGAUGUGUUUAUAUACCAGAAUAAUUUUGGUAAUCAUGGCCAUUACUCAACACUGCCCAGUCAUGUUGGUUAUUGAUGUGCAGUGCUGUGCCCCUCGGUUAAGCUUGUCUCAGUUCUGUUCUGUUAGUGCCUUUUUUUGUGUGAUGAACUCGGUCUCAUCAGUUAUGAAGUUUUUCCGAUAACUGUCCUCUGUUGUCAUCAUUUAAACUUUUCUCUCUUCCUCCACUCCUGUUCCACUCCACAUUUUUUUCAUACUUUUAGGUCAAUUUUUUAUAUUCAGCUAAAGGUGGCCAUUUAAAUGUAAAAAGCUUUUUUCUUUGUAGUUUGGAGCUGCGCAAUUUAAACGUUCCUGCAGAUUUUUUUACAGAGAGGGUAAAGCUAAUUCUUUUUUUUUUGCAAUUUAAUUUAUCUAAUAAAUAAAAACAUAAAUAUGCAAAACAGAUGUAUUUAAUGAAUGGUCCACUUCUUGGCAAUCAUUCAUUUAUUUAGUUUUCGGCAAAAAGAGGCAAAACUGACAAGGUCAAGGGUUUCCAAAAUUUCAAACCCAAAAAGUUAGAUAAAAACAUGCAGCCAAAAAAGGAUCUGUUUUAGUAAGUUCCUCAUUUGUUGCGUUUGGAGAUGGUGCAGCACUUGUUGUGUCGUGAUUUAUAGUCAGCUCCUGAUUGUUCACUACAUUUUAGUAUUUUUGUGAACCAUUUCCUAUUUGUGAUGGCAAGAUUUAGCAUUGGAUAUUUUGCGGACAUUUUUUUUCACAUAACCACUAUACAAUUAUCUUCAUUUCAGUGCAUUUAUUUGCAUAACGUGCAGUCUGUUCAAGCAUAAAUGUAUUUAAAAUGAGUAUUUUUCUCAUAAAAAGCUAAAUUGUCUAACCAUGUCUUUUCAAGACAGCGACUCGUGUGGAGGAAGAAUUGAGAGGAGUUGGUGCUCAUGAUGACAACACUUUUUUAAAAAUGAAUGUGCAUGUGCAACGUGUGUAAAAACACUUAAUUUGUGUGAACCUCUACACUGUAGUUCGUUGGACAGUUCUCGAUCUAGCAGUGUGAACGCAUUCAAAAGGUUCAGAGUCCCAGUAUUCAUUGUUAUUUUGGCUAAUAUGAGUUUUGCUGACUUCGUUAAAUAGAAGAGAAAUAAAUAUUAGUUCUACGUAUUAUGACUGUGUCCAGGUCAGGGAGAUGAGAGCAGUGCCUUAUUGUGAAGGUGUAGUUUAUUACAGUGGCAUUCUGAAGGCGUGUUAUAAUGAUCUGUCUGUGAAUGUAUGAGUAUCUGUUUUUGAGUGUUGAGGAAAAUGAUCAGUGCAGGUACGUUGGUGAGCGUCCUGCAUGGUCCUGGACUUUCUCCAGUUCUUCCAUUUGCCUUUGCCACUUUAGAAGACAUUCGUCUGUCUGUGCCAUUAUUUGUAUUGUUUUUCCUGAAGUCAGACAAUAGCAUAUUUUGCUCACCAAUAUGACAUUUGUAACACUUGAGUUGCAAUGCAGAAAAAAAGAAGAAAAAAAAAAAACUGAAAAAUUAAAAUUUUGUUGAAGGGUGAUAUCUAAUAAUAAUUAUUGUUUGUAUUUGAAGGGAAAAAGGUUGUGAAAAUAAAUGAGUUGUUUAUUCUGUAUAUAUGUUUUUUCUUCUCCUGUAUAAAGACUGAGAAGUGGUGGAGCACAUUAGAGCACGCCUUCCACUUCACUGUUUAUGAUGAAAAAGUGUUCAGCCUUAGAGUUUUCUCAACCACUUGCGCUACUCUCUUCACCAUUUUUUUUUUUCUUUUUUUUUCUUUUUCUACAGAGGAGAUACUGUUAAAUAGAAUGGUCAUAAAUAAAAGUGUGGAAGAGCUGUAUGGAAUGAGCAUUCUUUUGUUAAAAAAAAAAAAAAAAAGAAAUGUUUGGGAUAGGCUUUGUUUUGAAAUAAAGCACCUUUUUUUUCCUUUGA